GUUCCUUGUACAUGUACAUACGUAGCGUCCAGUGCGUGAACAGAGCCCAGCUAGAAGGCAUUGUUACGCACACAUCGACAAAGAGCGCGUGCAACUUUCAAGGAUAGUCGAUUCAUAACUUAUAUAUACUAGACUAUGCAGGUGUCUAGGGAGAAGGCACUGCUUGAUGUCGCAUACAAACAGGGCCGCCCAUGCUUCAGCGAGGAAGCAACUAAGCCGGUUCUCAGCAGUGCAUUAUUUCAAGCGGAAAAGCUAUCUCUUGUGGGGAAGCCGGGCUUCGAGGAGUUCAACGCAGCAAAGGAGGAGCUAAUGGACGUUUUGACCGGGAGCGAAUGCCCGGUGCAGCAGACUGUACUGUACGAGCCUGGAAAGGCAAGGGCUGUACACUCCGUGAAGGAGAUCAGGGAUGCUCCCCUUCACCAGCAUCUAGCCGAGGUCACUGGCAGCAUAGACGACGGCCUGAUCAGAUAUUGCGGCAACCUGACCCUGGUGCAUGCACUGCGGUAUGGCGGUGGUGCGACACAGGGGCCAAUCUCGGAUGCCGAGGCGCUGAACCCAGGGCGAAGUGAGAGGGCGGAGCGGUUUGCCAGGGCAUUGCGGGCCUCACUACCACACCUGUUUGCUACAGACACCUAUCUCGACCGUGCUGGCGUGGGGGCAACGGAGGUCUACCAUGGGCUCAACACCGCGGUGUGCGAUAUGCUAGCAGGAAGCAAGGGCUCACUGACGGGGUCGCAUGAGGAUUAUCCCAUGGCGGCACCAAGUGUAAUCGUGGUUCUCAAGGGCCACAAGCUUGUGUGGAUCGCUCCCGGCUCGUUCCGCACCCUGAUUGAGAACCCUAAGUACAAAAAGGCGGACAUUGACCUGUUGGUGCGGUCCAUGAGCACAGUGGACCCAGCGCUCCUAGCGUCUCUGUGCUCUGUGUUUGGCGGGGAGGUAUUGGAGCUCAGAGACAAUGAGGUCGGGGUGGUGCCGCCCUGCUGUGUCCAUGCGGCAUACAACGUGGAUGCAACGGUAUCCGUAAAUUACACGGUUUGCAGCCAGGCGCAGUGGCUGGCCUGCGUGCAGGCGACUGCCUUGACCUGCCAGGAGGAACGUGCCGCUGCAGCGGCAGCGGCAGCUGCAAAGCUGGUCGGCAGUAAGGACGAGGGGCUCGUCCAGGAGUCUGCUCAGCGGCUGCUGCGGCGUGCUGCAGAGACCGGGGGUUCGGAGAGCUUCGAGGGGUGCGUGGUCCUUUUCAACAAGGGCUACAUCGCGUGGAUGGAGAACCGCAUCAGGGCGGAGGUGGCAGUAGCAAAAGCGCUGCAGAAGGAGGAGGGUGGCAUUGCCCGCAUGGGUGAGGGCUUGACUGCUUUAUACAAGCGCAGGCUGGAUUCCACGGUGCGCAUUGCCACCAUCCGGUCUUUGCUGGAGGAUGGAGGCGGGGUAAACUCUCUGCUGGCGACCGGAGCCACUGUCCAGUGGCGGCAAAAGAUGUGCAGUUUGCUGGGGGGCAUCGCAACACCAGCUAGCACGGCUCAGGCUGGCGGGAGCUCCAACAGCUCGGGAACCUGCGUGGAGAGCAAGCAGCGUGGGGAAGGCGGUGUGCGGGGUCGAAAGAGGAAGUGCAUGGCCUAGGGGGAGGUGGCAUGUACAAUGCAUGGGAGGCAGGAGUCAUGGUAGGUCAGGCUAGGUUAGACAGGGUAGGCUAGGUUGGGUUAGGCUAGGCUAUAGGUAGGGCAACUAGGACCUCGAAUUUGCAUUUUUGCAGGGAGUGUUACUUGUGUGUGCCGGGCCAAACAUGGUGACUUGUGCAUGCUGUGGUGCCGAAUGUAUUGUGUGCCGGUAUCGUGUCACCACGGCCGCUUACAGCGGGUCCGCCGGCAUGGCUUAGGCUUUAAAAUGCUUUAUUAGACCGCGUGCAGAGCUCGCGGGUGCACUGUUGGCGUGCGUAGGUGCGUGUGUGUGCAGGACCAAACAUGACUUGACUUGUGCAUGCUGGGCCUAAGGUACUUUGUAUCAUGCCAGUCUCGUGGCACCACGGCAUGCAGACACGUAGGUAUAGAGCAGUAUGUAUUGUAGGGUUACGCUAUGGUUAGGUAGGCCUGUCCGUGCAGUGUAUGUUAACUUAAAUAUUAGCAAAAUAUUGGCCAUGCUGGCAUGAGGGGCCGGUUUCUUCGUAUGAGAGU